AUGCCGCAGCUGUGGAUGGGCACUCACCCUUCGCUUCCUUCAAAAGACCUCGAGACCCAGAGAACCCUCCUCGACCUCGUCCAAGACAAUCAGGCGCUCCUAUCCACGGAGAUCAGUGAACGCUAUGGUGGCCGUCUUCCUUUCCUCUUCAAGGUGCUGUCGAUUCGCAAGGCGCUUAGCAUCCAAGCGCACCCCAACAAAAAGCUCGCCGAGCAGCUUCACGCUCGUGACGCGCGAAACUAUCCUGGUGCGUACUUCCAUACAGAAUUAAUCAGCGCUCUUUGA